AUGGAUUCCAAUAAUAAGCCUACAUCCAAAUACUUGGAAGAUUCUCCUCUUCAUGGCCCAAGCAAUCUUGAUGCUUCAGAAAACCUUUUGUCGAAUGCACCAGCUUCUGUUCCAUCUAAUUUCUCGUAUAGUUCCGAAGUUCAAGAGACAGAACCUGUUCUGAGCAUACAAUCUCCAUUUCACGAUACUGUGUUUGAGCCGGAAUCGUUGCUAAGCAUUCCAUUACCUCCUGAAGAAGCUUCCCUCGAAACGGAGCCUGUGAUCACUUCUCAAUCGCCUUUUGAAGCACAAUUUGAGCCGGAGCCUCUGCUAAAUAUCCCUUUACCUCCUGAUGAGGGUUCAUUCGAGACGGAACCAUUGUUGAACAUUCCACUAUCACCUGAUGAUGAUGAAUUAGAGUCAAGAUCGUCAGUAUACAGCCCUUCAUCUUCUUCUCAGGCACAAAUAGAGCCGGAACCUUUAUUGAACAUUCCUUUAUCUCAGGAUGAUGAAGAAUUAGUAUCAAGGUCGUCAGUAAGCAGUCCUUUAUCCUCUUCUCACGCACAAUCAGAUCCGGAACCUUUAUUGAACAUUCCUCUAUCUCAUGAUGAUGCUCAUACUGAACCUUCACCUUCAAUGGAUACAGGAUCCCCUGCAGGUGAGACGCAGUCUGAAACAAAAUCUGUGAGGAACACACGAUCGCCUCCAGAUGACGCUCGAUUUUCUACCCCAGAAUGUGCUCCUGACUCGGUAUAUGCCCACUCUGCUCCGAUGUCGACUGAUGAUCAGUAUGUUCCAUCACCGUCAGAGAAUAGCGACGGCUCCAACGUCACUCUACGCGAAGGGUGCUCAAUUGUAGGACAACCAGCGGAGAAGGCAUCGCGAAAGGGUGUUGAGAAGCUACGCUAUGAAAGUCCAAAAAAUCCCGACGACAGCGGGGCUAUCAAGGCGUUCUACUCGGGUUCAGAGGAGUACAAUUCACCUGACAAUCUUCGGCUGAAGGACUCAAACAAUGGGGAAGAAGUUGUUCAAGUAGAGCCUGAAGAAUCCGAUGGUCGCGCCUCCAUGGUGGAUCGACUUUUUGCAAUGUUGCAACGAGCUGAACAAGAUUCUGGUGAUGAGACCACUGCAAUGGAGGCUCGCUCAUCUCGAGCACUUAUCAAAGAACCUUCCAAGCCGCCACAGCCGCCCGUCCCGCCACAAGGAUUACAGCCUCAGCUCCAGCCCCAGGUCUCCCAUUACUUCGACGCUUCUCAAUUUGUCAGCGCUCCAAACCCCGUUCAAAGCAUCUCGCAAUAUCCAGGACAUCCGGUAUCUUUAGCCUAUACCGAAAACGUGUACCGCCCGGGUCAAUUGGUGGGCCUCCCAUAUCCACAAUCAGUGUUUCCUUCCACAUCCUCCCAAUAUCUUCUCCAGCAGGUUCCAUUAGAGAUUACUAUAGGGCAACCCGCUCAAGUUCCCAUGCGGCCUGCUCCAGAUCCACCAAUGUUCUAUAAUGCCCCACUACCGAUAAGUCAAGGACCGCCACUUCGCCUACUUCCACAAUUUUUGCCUCCACGGCAAACUUCAACUAUGAAUACCUUUCCUACAGCAGUGAGCAUGGCUUUGCAACAACCGUACCAAUCCAGCCAAGGAUCCUGGGCCAUGAACCUCUGUGAACCGCGUCCUAAUAUUGGAGGGUUUGAGCAGGCUCCUCGCAACUUUGGAGAAUUCCGACCUUUGGCAUCAUCCGUUCGAGAAGAGGAAAGUAGCAUUUCUGACUCAUCGAUAAGUCUAGAAAAAUCAUUUGGAUCAUCUGCUUCAUCAAGUGGAACGGAAUAUGAAACAAGCAUCGACCUGGAGUCAGCAUCUGUUAUUCGAAUCAGUCCGCCGAAGACAGUGGAAGAACCCCGACAAAAAGGUCCUCCAUUUGAGCAGAAGGGUCCAUCGAGAACGAAGGAAAUAGGACCCGUCCCUCCAGUACCUCCACCAUCUCCUGAAGUAGUCCGUAGUAAUAUUUAUGAUAUUUCGGAACCGCUCGGUAUUGCUGAGCAACUCGAACGUGAAACUGAGCGACUGGAGGACAUAAGCAUCCGGGAAGUCGCCAACUAUGACCGACAAAUGGAAGUGGAAGAACUUCGCAAGCGAAUGUGUGAACGUUUCCAACGAAUCUAUCCCAAUUUGUUCAGCAAAGAGAUUAACGAUGAGGACGUGCCCGGUCGACGCACAGACGACGAAGAGGGCGAUUUUGACGAUGGAGAUCCUAAGGACGGGCAGGUGAUCAGAAAUGGGAUACAGCUGACUACGCGUUAUCUAGCAUUGUGGUUCCCGGACAAGAAAGAACGAGAAGAAAUGAUUCCCUGGAACAUUAUGAGGAAGGUCAAACCAAUUCGUUUGUGUUUCUUGGACAACCGAAUAGGUCAUGGCGAAUACGAAGAGUUCAAUAUGGGAGAAUUCGUGAACAUUACCGGCCAUAUGAUGUUCACCUAUGGAGAUGGGCCUGAAGCACUUGAUGAAAGCAGACUUUACGUUCUUGAUAUUGUACGACAACAAAUGAACAUGCUGUUACGUCGGGUGUGGCAUAUAAUGAUGCAAAACCAUCAAAGGAACGUCUUCACCUACGUCAACAUAUUCAAACUUUAUAAAAACCAUCCAAUCCGAUUAAGAAGACUCAUUCGAUAUCUAGUGGAACAGAAUCGAAAACGCCACAUGCUAUACCGCGUAAUGGUCGAUCAGGGCCGUCGACGUGGUCAAAAUUAUUUUGAGAAUAGAAUGGACAUUAACGAAACUGGUUCUACGGAAGUGUUAUGCUUGCGAAAACGAGCACCACACAUCUACUACGCUCUCAUCGAAGCUGGUUUCCAAGACAAACUCGAAUUCCUCUGCGAAGAGCGCAAUAUCAAGGAUUGUGACCCUGCUCUAGCUAAGAUCAAAAUGUUCCUUAAACGACGAAACCGCCAUUUGUCUGCUGAACACAAGGAGCUCCUCGAAUACGCUCGACGUGUCUCAUACUGUAGUCGAACGGGAAGGCUAUCCGCAUUUCGAGCCCACCGUUUUCAUGAAUUUCUCGGAUUUCCUGAUUUGCAAACGGAUCUCAUUUACAUUCUGGACUUUAUGGCCAGAGAAAUAGUCAUGGAGGUUACCUAUCGCGCAUCUAGAGCUCGUGAAGAGGAACGGGAAAAACUGCGAAUAGCUCCUGACUUCAACAAACAUUUCGUUUCUCGGGAAAAGGAGGCUGCCGAAAAUCUUGACAUCUGCUAUUACGAGGAAGGCCUACGUUCUUCAAAAGGAUGGAGAAAUAAUCAGGACAUUCUAUUUGGCGAAGAAGAACAGCCCGUAACUUUGUCAUAUGGUAAAAACCCAUGGAAAUGGGAGAGUGAUAAAGACUACAACAGAAGAGAAAUGGCCGAAAGGCGGGAGCAUGAAAAGGAAGGUCCAUGGCCGAGCCGUUUCGCCUACGUCUCGUCCGCUGAACUGUUCGAAGAACACAAGAAAGUGCUGAAAGGUGAAUACUGGGACAGCUGCCCUGAGGAUCUCACGAAAAAGGCAAUCGCCUUUGCAAAUACCUAUGCAGCUGCUCGCGAGCUCAACAUUAAGUUACCGGAGCCUCAAGUUCCAACUAAAUGGAAACAACAGAAUGAGGAGAGCAAUAAAAAGGAACAGGAACGUUUGAAAAAGCUCCUGGAGACUAAUCGUUUUGAUGACUUACAAAAACGACUAACUGAUCAGUUAGUGGAAAUGAUGGCUGAGAACAACAUUGAAGAUCCAACUCCAGCCAUGGAAACUGAUGCAUCCACUAGCAUCGAACGAAUGACAAAACUUAUUAGCGCUGCUGUACGGAAACAUCAACAAAUUGGUCUAGCCCAAUCAGGUGGCGAUUUAUAG